UCAUGAACCUCACACAACCAUUCAAUCCAUCAAUGGCAAGCGCUAUAGUCCGAGGCUUAGUCAUGGCUCUCCUGGCCAUGACCUUCAUCGCAAUCGGUACUGUCGAGUCAGCUAUUCCUUGCAACGAAGUGGCGAGCAAGCUCAUAAACUGCGUCGGUUACGCGCAGCACGGUGGCCCGUUGCCGGCAGCGUGUUGCGGCGGCGUGAAGCAACUGAAGGCGGAGGCGAUUACUGUAGACGACCGUAGAACUGUUUGUAGCUGUAUUAAAUUACUCGCCCAGAAUAUCGGCGGGCUGAAUCAAAACUUUCUGGCUUCCAUUCCCGGCAAGUGCGGAGUGAAUAUUGGCUACCCUAUCAGCUUGUCCGUCGACUGCUCUAAAGUAAAGUGAGAUGCCGAGGUGGGACGUGAUCUAUUAAGUACUGAAAUAAUAAUGCAUUUCAGCUUUCAAGUUGUUGACUAUAGUUAAUAAUAAGCUGCUUGGCAAAACUGCCCUAAAAAAAUAUUAAAUUGUAAGUGUAAUGUAAGAGUUGGUUUAUUUCCAACUUGACUAUGACUUUCCGUUAGUUUAUUGUAUCACUUUGGAGUUGAUCGAUCUCUGUACUGCGUUCUUAAACGAAUAAAUCCUUUGUUAAUCCAAUAAUAACUUGAACGAUUUGUGAUUAGCAGACUUAUGGUCUGUUUUAAAAA